CUUACACGAUAGACACGAACACGUGGAUCCACCCCUAAAGUGACAAUGAUAGUGAAGGUCUCUGGCUCCCACAGCAAAGUUGCAGGCUGUGGAUAUAUAUAUCUCUAUGUAGUCUAGCUGCGCCUAUGGCGACAAAUAUGGAAGACCCAAUAGUUGCUGUGGCUACUGAUGACCAUAGAGAACGAGAUCUCAGGGAGGCUUUUCAGAGACGUAGUGCGACCUUACGAGAAACUCUCAAACUCAAACCAACGGUUGGUGAUGGUCAUGACCAAGGGACUGGUGCUGCAGAGAACACUGAAACCAGUUUUACCAACACAAAGAGUUUACUGGAGAGUCUAAAGGAUCGGCGUCUUAAGCGCAAAGGUCAACUUCCCCCUCUUCAGCAAACCCCGCCCCCUGUCGGGCCUGAUACUGCUGAGUCAGCAGGUAGCUCGGAGCCGGGGGUGGACUUACAGGAGAGACUGAGGCAACGUAUUCAGAGAAGGCAAGGAGAUCUCAGGAGUAGUGGUGACACUUUCAACAUGGCUACCGAGCUUGACCCAGCACCGAAGAGAAAGCUUCGUGGGUUGAGAGACCAGCCUAGAGUGACUAGAUUUGACGAGCCCCUCCCUGACGAGCCACUAACGAGAUUCCCCACUGGAGGUGAGGAGAUAGAACAGAGUAAUCGCCUCAGGAGAAGAGCGCUCUACAGGACUGCCACUGUGGAGGAGGUGAAACAGAGGCAGGCACAUGUCUUGGAUCAGGAUGCGUACGAUUUUUUCACUUCUGAAAUAGAGAACUGCUCAUUCCCAGACGUUCCCACUCGUCUCCCUGACCAGUCUCAAGAGGAGGAGCCGGCUAGGGAGUUUGAAGACACUCACGGCUCUGAUCAUGACACUUCUGACACCGUGGCACUCAGAGAACAGCUGCUUCAGCAAAUUCAGAACGAGCAGGUGGAGGCUGAGGAGGUAGACAAUGAGGUAGACAAUGAAGAGGAAGCCCCCAUGAUUAGAGAGCAAUCAUCGGGUGAUUACAGGGAGCUACUCACACCAGGCUAUGCCAGGUACACUCCGUACAGAGUGAGAGUGGCUCGAGAAGAAGACACCUUCUUCACUCCUAGCACCACUCCAGUGUCUGCUGAGCAGAAGACGCCUGACUCUGGUCCCCCUCACUACGCCCAAGACGAGGGACUCUAUGUGGGGGAGAGACCACACGUCCUCUGGACCAACCAGGUCGCCAUGGAGAACAGGCUACUACGUAGAGAAGAUAAGGGUGCUGGUUGGUUUGGUGAUGAUGGCCUACUGCUGGUACAGCCCAACCCCCUCUCCCAGAUCCGCACCAGACCCCCCAUCCUCCAGUACUCCCCUCGUAGACCUGUCUCAUUCAAGCACGCUCGAUAUGAAGUGAAGAAUCAGAAACUCAUUAGCAAAGGGUCUGGGGAGGCUGAGUACGAGCUGGUGGUGAACGUCUCCUCCCUCCACUUCCAACACCACCCUCUAUUCAGUAUCGAGCACAUACUGUCCUCCAAGUUGCAGCAGGCCUGCAGUCAACUCAGCAAACGUCGGAUGGCCAAAGCGCAAGACUAUUAUCUAGAGAAGUUGCAAGGUUUGAGGCAAGCGGUGAUUGAUUUGCAACAGGCUCUUCAGAAUCAGGAGGGGUGUGAUGAGACUGAAGCUCGUCUGAUGGGCUACCUCCGAGAGGUGAGUAGAGUGAGGGAACAGAGGAGAGAGGCCCUUACCGCCGAUUACCACCUCCUCAAGACUAUACUCAAGACAUGGCAGGACCUGAAAGCACUGAGAGACAACCAGGGCUAUUCCAGCACCUCUGCCUGGGUCACUGUAAAGAGACUGCUUGUAAAUGCUGUUAACGAGGAGGGCUCCCUGCGACGAGAGCUGGAGGAGGAGGUGGAGGAAUUGAGGGAGCUCCACACCCUCGAUAGUAGAGGGCAUGCCCUCGACUAUCAGAGAGAGCUCGCUAACUGGAAGAUCUACGAGAAGGCCAGGAGGCGUGCAGUUCGAGAAACCACUCGAAUCCAGCAACAGCAGACACUGGAUGAUCAGUCACAAGUGGAGGGCUCUCAGACCAGCCUCAAUAACAACCCGAUUGCAGCAUUGCCUCCCGAGAGGCCCCGCCCCAUCCCGCCCCCUGCCUUCAACGAGGAUCAAGUGAGGGCUGAAUUGCUCGACUACCAGCAUCGUCACCUCAAGCCGCCCGGAGAUCCAAUCCUCACGCCCGAGUUCAGACACAACCACGCCCUCACUGGGGACAUCCCUCGUCUAGAGGCCCAGCGGAGAGAGGACACUGCCAGGGCCAAGCUCCAUGUGAGAGUGCUGUUUAACAACCAGCUUGUAUCCCAGACCAAGGAAUGCACCCUCAAUUCUGACUUUACGAGUGAAAUUCACGAGACCUUCAACCUGAAGAUCGUCGAAUGGCCAGAGAGUAUAAAACUGGAGAUAUUUGAAUCUGGGCUCAUAACGUCAACUCUCAUCUCAGAAGUGUAUGUUCCGAUACCAGACCCACUACUCACAGCAGACAGUGCGGGGGCGGGACGCGAGGCGUAUCAAUUCUCCAGCACCAAGAGGAUGGAGUAUGGGCACACUGGAGUCGGCAGUGGCCAGCCCCACCCUGUAUUGCCUGAGGAAGGUGUUCUCCUGACCUCGGGGGUCGUAAAAGUGGGUGCAUAUUGGGGGGUUGACAAUAGUGGAAGAUCCCUGUGCCCCCCUGGACUCUCACAACCGACAGCUUACAGCUCUGAUGCCAUAUCUUCACUGGGUAUGACUGGCAUUGCCGACUUGCAGGCGGUCAAGAGGUGGAUAGAGCGCUCUCGGCUUGACCCCAAUGACCCACGUAAUGCCGAGCUGCUUCACUUGCUAGAGUCGAUCCCAGCGUCGAGUGAGGAGACGUCUCACUUUCGACUGGUGGAUGUCGACUCUGCACUGCGGUUUAUGGGGGACGAGGAGUUUGAGGGAGACCGACGGUUCACUGUGCUCAGGAGCAGACAUGAUGGGCAUCCGGGCCUGAAGAAUGAGAGUGUCCCACUGGAGUCUCGGUGGAUCAGUGAGACUGAGUGGAGGGCCGUGCUCAAUUACAGACCGUACGCAGACUACGACAUCCCCCUACUUCUCUUUGGAGACUUCCACAGCAUCAGGAAGACGGAACAAAACAAGUUCCUCCUGGACAUUCGUGAGAGGGUACUCUCCAAGGCACGCUCUGGGAAAGAAGACCUCAACCUGGAGGAUGUGGUACACGCUUUCUCAGUGCCGGACGUUAGCGCUAUGAGAAAAGUUGUGGGGGAUCUAUUUUCGCCCAGACGACCUUUAAACCCUGUACGUAACACACGGAGAAAGCCCAAACGUCUCAAUGCCCAUGUAUCCAGUGCUAAGAUUUUAGUGAGAGUCGUGAGAGCUCUCAAUGUACCCAUACGGACCACUCAACAGAGCACAGGGGUACUAGCCCACCCCCUGUCAUCACUGGCCCCUCAUCUCUCCCUCACACCUCACCAGACAGAUUCAGAGGGCGUGGCGAUGGAACCUGGACCCUCUGGAGCUCUGCCCCUUGGUCUAGAGCUGGCAGACCCACAGUCAGGGUUCUCUCCUCAGGAGCUUAAGAUUGUGUGUCCUUAUGUGGAGAUUGGGUUCAGAGGGUCAGUGAUGAGAACUGCCACAGCCUAUGGUCCACAGCCGUUCUGGAAUGAAGAGAUCAGUGUACCAUUUCAGCCUCCAGACAACGAUUUUUCUCCGGGAGCCCUUCAGAAGAUCACGGAUAGCCUCUACAUCAGUCUGUUUGACGAGGUAGUGACUGACAUCCUGAGCGAUGAGAGGCAGAGGAGCACCAACAUCCACCACCGGAUAGAGAAGAAAUGGCUGGGCAGUUUCACUAUCCCCUUCUCUACACUGCAUCAGAGAGAGAGGGUUGAAGGUAUGUUCCGAGUGGAGGUCCCCCUGGUGUUGCUAGGUUACAGUCAGGCUGCUGAUGAGGUGCUUGAGAUGACCACACACACACACCUCCAACUGUUCAUCACUCUGGAACCCACCCUCAGUGUACUGCCACCUCUCAAGGACAAGUUUGAGAGUGAGGAGGAUCCCAGACUCCUGGGUCGUUCCCAGGCAUGGAUCAGGAAAAUCAGAGACCGAUUUCCAAAGAGAAACUAUCUUGCAACUGCUCUCGAUGUUGGUGGUAGACAUGUGUUUGUGACAAGGUUUGUAAAGGCCCAGAAUCCACCAGUGGAGAUCAUGCCACCACAGGACGCUCCCUGGACAGUAGCUGCCAUGGAGCAGCUUGCCCACUAUGUGUCGCUAAUUCCAUUCCUAUCUGACACUCUGACGUUCUCUGGUGAGUGCGAUAUCUGGAACACCUCGGAUCAAUUCCUGCACAUGCUUGCUGGUGAUGAGGAGGAGCAUGCUCUGUUGCUAUGCAACUACUUGCUUCACUGUGGACUCGAGGCUUGGGUUGUAAUGGGACACGCCAUUCCAGAAGGCAGUACAUCGUACGUGCUGACGUGUCACCCUGGGCUGCCGUUGGGGAGUAAGUUGAGUAGGUACCUCCUCUGGAACCCCAACACAGGCCACCACUACCUCCAUGACGAGCCACACAUUCCACUCAAGUCUGUUGGCUGCGUCCUUAAUCAGUACAACGUAUGGGCCAAUGUGCAAGAGGAGGAAGACCCUGCGAAGAUUAGAUAUGACCUGUCUAACUCGAAACACUGGCAGCCUCUGUUCCCCUUUGACAUGCCUCCGCUGGACUCAGUGCAACAAGAGCUGGACUACUGUGAGACUGACAUUGGGAGAGUUAGGGACCUGCAAGAAAAGAUUGAGAGAACCAUUCACGAUCACAUCACUUCACUGAGGGAUCGCUUUAUCACUAGAUGGAACAGACAUUGCUCUCAAGUACUUCACACCCUCCUGCCCAGACUAGAGGAGAGCUACCCCGCCUCUCCACCACACACUGAGCUCAACGAGAUCACCGCUAGCUACAAGUUGACUGGGUUUCCCGUUCAUUCUCCUUAUGUGGAUGCCCAACAUCUGGUGGCAGCAGUUGAGAGAACAGGAGUUCAUUUGUGUGAGGACCCACAAGUGGAGUUUGCUCUGGCAGUGUAUGUACACCCUUAUCCCAAUGACAUUGUCUCCAUAUGGUUGUACAUAGCAUCUCUUAUACCUAAUUAAUCACUUAUAAACAAACAGUCAUGCUUCAUAUAUAAUUAAGUCUUGAAUUGGUACUUCAUGUAUUAUUAAAAUAAUGACCACAAACUAUCAUAAAA